AUGGAAUCUACUCAACAUAACUCUGUUGACAUGGAGGAGAAAGCAUAUAAAUGUAUUGAAUGUGGAAAGAGCUUUAGUCUGCAUGGAAAGCUGAAGACACAUCAAAGGAUUCACACUGGGGAGAAACCCUAUAAUUGCCUGGAGUGUGAACAGAGCUUCACUCAUAGUUCAGGCCUACGUUCACAUCAAAGGACUCACACUGGGGAGAAACCCUAUAACUGCCUGGAGUGUGAACAGAGCUUCACUCAUAGUUCACGCCUACGUAGACAUCAAAGGACUCACACUGGGGAAAAACCCUAUAACUGCCUGGAGUGUGGACAGAGCUUUACUAAUAGUUCACAUCUAUGUUCACAUCAAAGGACUCACACUGGGGAGAAACCCUAUAACUGCCUAGAGUGUGGACAGAGCUUCACUCAGAGUUCAGGCCUACGUUCACAUCAAAGGACUCACACUGGGGAGAAACCCUAUAAUUGCCUGGAGUGUGGACAGAGCUUUGCUCAGAAGGGACACUUACAUUCACAUCAAAGGACUCACACUGGGGAGAAACCCUAUAACUGCCUGGAGUGUGAACAGAGCUUCACUCAGAUUUCAGGCCUACGUUCACAUCAAAGGACUCACACUGGGGAGAAACCCUAUAACUGCCUGGAGUGUGAACAGAGCUUCACUCAUAGUUCAGGCCUACGUAGACAUCAAAGGACUCACACUGGGGAAAAACCCUAUAACUGCCUGGAGUGUGGACAGAGCUUUACUAAUAGUUCACAUCUACGUUCACAUCAAAGGACUCACACUGGGGAGAAACCCUAUAACUGCCUAGAGUGUGGACAGAGCUUCACUCAGAGUUCAGGCCUACGUUCACAUCAAAGGACUCACACUGGGGAGAAAUCCUAUAACUGCCUGGAGUGUGGACAUGAUAACCGUCACCCCGGCUUUCAAAUUGAUUUGAAAACGCAGCGGAGAGUUCCGCCGGUCACCCACCAAAAGAACGGAGCGGGACCGCAACAGACUAUUAUUAAAAGACCUUUUUUUCUUCAUUUUCCCCUUCCCUGAACUAUGUAACAAAAUCCCCCAAUAAAAGUAGCAUUUAUUUUAACAAUAACACUCUCUAUCUGGUUAUUUUGUAUCUUUCCCUGACUCCUUCCUUCGCAUGAAAUCUCUCUCUCUCUCCCGUCCUUUUAACUCCGGCUGAGAUUUCCCGCCAUAGAUUAACAUGGCGGUCGAUAUAAAUUGGCUCAUAUCUCUAUCAAAAUUACCCCUAGAACGCUCCUCUUUUAGUCCUAACCCUUUCUAAGGCUCCUGACUCGAAGACAACCAGCAGAACCGGAAUCGGUCCAGUUUUCGGCACCUCAACAGCUGACUGUCAAACGGGACCGACGGCUCUUUCCAAGCUAAAAUGCUGCCUUAUCCCGGAUUUUCCUCUCCCCGCGGCCCGCGGAAUGGGUUUAAGAGAUACCUACCCCCUUUCUGUGAACUGGGGAUGGGGGGGUCGCUCUCUCGCUGGGGAGACAUAGUUCUCCAAGGACCCUCACCCUCUACAGCUGCCAGGGGAUGCCCGGACGGGGGCCCUCCACGUUUCAUUCAUAAUUUCAUGAUUUUAUGAAGGAGAAGAACACUCUUCCUCAGACCUACCCCUGGAACUUAUGAAAUCCUAUACUUCCAAAGACUACAACUCACAUGUGCCUCUUCCCCAUGCCAUCUCUACGAAUUCCCCCCAUCACAGAUGAACUCUUUUUCCUCAUGUAUUUGUGAAUUGUCAUAUUCUAUGUACUUGGACACUCUCAUGACUCACUGUUGUAUGAAUUUCUAAUCGUUGGGAUAACCUCAUGAAUUGUGAAAUCAUGCUGUUAGAACUCCACUUCUAUAUUGGGCUCCCCAGAUGUUGUAAACUCCAUCAAAUGUUUUCAAUUGUUUAUAUCAUUCAUGAUUCCCCUUUAUGCAAUGUCACCCACCUUUAUGGAUUCUCCUUUAUUUCCUUGAAAUCUAUCUAUCUGCCUAUAUGUAUUUGUACUCUUUGGGAUCCCCGGAAAAUAUGUAUUCUUCCCAGCAGGGUUUAUGUUCCAACUUUAUUUUAAUUUUCAUUCUAUCCCAUAUAAUUGUCAAAUCAUGAAAUCUAAUGGGAAAUAUUAUGACCCCAACAUGAACUCUAGCCCUAUGACCCAGACCUCCCUUCCCAAAAACAAAAGGAUAAUCUGCCACAGUUUAAUCCAAUCUCAUUCCGAUCGCAUGGACAAUAUAGGGCGAGUCACCAAAUUCCUAAAGGUGACUCGCCCCCAAGGCAAACAUUGUCAUAUCCCAGGCCAGGACGCCGCAGGAAGGCACCCUGUGGGGCCGUCAAUGACGGCUCAUCACCACCCAUCACCACUUCCCGUCUGACACCCCAAAGACAUAUCUAAAAUCUGUGAACGUGACAGGACCCCGGACAUCCUUGAUGGGUGUCAUUAAUUCCUUUAGAAAUCGGCUGGGCCAGAAUUAAUCAGAUGUUUCCUGUCCGGUCACCUCUUUGUCUCAAUAGCUCCCGCCUCCUCCUCUCUGAUUGGCCCGAAUAGGGACAAAAAGCGGCUCCCCAUUGGGCCAGCAGAGCAAGGCGGGAAACGAAAGCCCGCCUCGUUCAACCUCUCAGCCUAUCCGCGAUCAGAUGGGCGGGGAAGCGAGGCGGGAAAUUCAAAGGGCUGUCAGACCGAAACAUUGUAUAAAUAUGGCUUUAUUUGAAACAUAUGUUACGCUAGUAGAUUGAAUGAUCACUAUUAGCGUCCUUUUCAGCUGAAUUGCUCAAUAAAGACUCCUUGGCGGAUUUUCCUUCAA